GCAAGGGAUAGGGCGGGGCAGCGAGGAAGGGCGCGAAGGCGAAUCGCGGAACCUCAAAGAGCUGGGACCGCUGGGAGAGCUCGGGAGGAGACCGCUGGAUCCAGACAGGCAUUCACCAGCAGUUUCUGUCGUAGCCGGAAACAGCCAGGACCGGAGAGCUCCGUGAAGGGAACGGCCUGCCAGGGAAAUUUUCCAAGUGCUCCAGUGCCAGUCCUCGCCACUCCUGGGAUCCGCCUGGGAGGCCUCGGGUGCCCGUGGCGUUGGAAGGUCUGCUGUACUUCAGGCCAUGCCAAGCCAGGGACGCCCCCUGCAUGUGGCCACCCUGCUGACGGGGCUGCUGGAAUGCCUUGGCUUUGCCGGCGUCCUCUUCGGCUGGGCAUCCCUGGUAUUUGUCUUCAAAACGGAGCAUUACUUUGAGGAGCUAUGUGAACCGAGUGCUGGGCUGAUGGGCAAUGCCACGGGCCACGAUGACUGCAAAGCCCAGGAUGAAAGGUUCUCCCUCAUCUUCACCCUGGCGUCCUUCAUGAACAACUUCAUGACCUUCCCCACGGGCUACAUCUUCGACCGUUUCAAGACCGCUGUGGCCCGCCUCAUAGCCAUAUUUCUCUACACUAGUGCCACGCUCAUCAUAGCCUUCAUCUCUGCAGACUCGGCACCACUGCUCUUCCUGGCCAUGCCCAUGCUCACCGUCGGGGGGAUCCUGUUUCUGAUCACCAACCUGCAGAUUGGCAACCUCUUCGGCAAACACCGCUCGACCAUCAUCACCCUCUACAAUGGAGCGUUUGACUCUUCCUCAGCCGUCUUUCUUAUCAUUAAGCUCCUUUAUGAACAGGGCAUCAGCCUCAGGGCCUCCUUCAUCUUCCUGUCUUUGUGCAGUGCCUGGCAUGUUGCACGUACCUUCCUCCUGAUGCCCCGGGGGCACAUCCCCUACCCACUGCCCCCCGACUACAGCUAUGGGCUGUGCUCUAGGGAUGGCCCUGGAGAGAAGAAGGAGGAAAGAGCUGAGUCCAGAAAGCUUGACCUCCAGUCCCAGGAGCUCCUGUCGCCAAAGGAAGAGAUCCCAGGACCAGCGCAACUGGAGGAACCGCGUUCUUUCCGGAGCUAUGCUUGCUCUCGGUGCUUUGCCUGGCACCUGGUGUGGCUUUCUAUGAUACAGUUGUGGCACUACCUCUUCAUUGGCACCCUCAAUUCUCUGCUCACCAACUUGGCCGGUGGGGACAGGGUGCUAGUCAGCAACUACACAAACGCCUUUGCCAUCACUCAGUUCUUUGGAGUGCUGUGUGCACCCUGGAACGGCCUGCUCAUGGACCGGCUUAAACAGAAGUACCAGAAGGAGGCAAGAAAGACAGGUUCUUCGGCCUCAGCUGCAGCCCUUUCCUCUGCGGUGCCUUCGCUGACCCUGACGUCUCUGCUGUGCCUGGGCUUUGCCCUCUGUGCCUCGGUCCCUGUCCUCCCCCUCCAGUACCUCACUUUCAUCCUGCAAGUGAUCAGCCGCUCCUUCCUCUACGGGGGCAACGCUGCCUUCCUCACCCUUGCUUUCCCUUCGGAGCACUUUGGGAAGCUCUUUGGAUUGGUGAUGACCCUGUCAGCCGUUGUGUCCCUGCUCCAGUUCCCCCUCUUCACUCUCAUCAAAGGUCCCCUCGAGAACGACCCAUUCUACGUGAAUGUGAUGCUGGUGCUUGUCACUCUCCUGACGUUCGUCCACCCCUUCCUGGUGUACCGGGAGUGCCGGCAGGAGGCAGCCCCUGCUGCAGCCACCUAGUGCAGAAGCCCUUGCUUUUUAGCCCUUUCGAUGCUUUUGCUCCUCUUCCUUGGAGGAUCCUGUUUCCCAGAAGGACUUUGCCAACCCAGGGUACUUGCAUUAAGUAACCAUUAUUUUCUCUUAAAAAAAAAACAAACCAACGUAUUGAACUGCCAGCCGAGAAUUUUGAUCAGUUGCCAAGGUGACUGACAUCAUAUAGACCCGAAACAAAGGCACGUGGAGAUCCUCCUUGGUUCUGGAGCAGGAAGCCCACAGCCUCCGAACACGUGGCCUGAAGGGAGGCGACGGGAGGUUUGGUGGUGAAGCCCGUGUGUGCCUGGCUCUGUGCUGCCGGGGUGACUUUCCAGGGGAAGGGUGAGGUCGUCAUGGCCGCAGCCAUGCUGCUUGGCAUCCAGAGGGGGCGCCCAGCUUGCCCUCAAAGGCUCCGCCUUGGUGAAGGAUAACAGGGAGUCCUGGGGAGAAAGAGGAGCAGAUGGGGCAGGAGCGGGGACCCGGGGCCUGAGCCCCAGCUCUGCCGCUGGUGCUGGACGACCUUACACAGACCUUGUCUGGUCUGAGCAUCAAUUUUCCCAUCUGUAAAAAGGGAGGGUUCUGGAGCUGAAGGUUCUUUCUAACAUCUUGGAAGGCUUUGGGAACAGCGACAGGGUGAGGCCACCCAAAGAACCCCGGGGACCCGCUGGCCUGCUCGAUCGAAGGAUUUCUGACGAAGCCUUUUGGGCAUAUUUUCAUCUCCAAGAAGGGGGGUGAUUACUUACUCUGAGUGUUAAAUAAAAAAUUUCUCU